CGCCAAGGAGGUGUUUGCCCGCCAGCGGGGGCAAGAAGAUGCGGCGUCUGACCGAGGAGGAGAGGGCAAUGAUGGCAGAGCAGAUGGACGGAAUGGCACCCUUCCGCAAUAUCACCGGCUUCUUCGGGUUGCUCAUGAUGGGAAAGGCUAUCCCAGACGCCGCGUUCAUGUACCUGCGGAAGCUCGCUGGCAUUCGGGGGGCCGAGAACCUCGAUUUCAACAUGUUCGGGUUCGACCUCCUCCUGGCGAUCGUCGGCGGAGGCCUGCGCGGUAAC